AUGGCUUCGUUCGGGCCGACGGGGUUGCCAAACUCAGAGCACCUGCGGCACACCAACAAAGGGACGAUGAUCUUCAGCUACACCUGCGUCGGCCUCACGGGCGCCGCGCUCUUCUCCGUCAUCUUCUUCUUCUGCUACCAGCUCCGCAACCGGGCGCCGGUGGCGGCUGCGGGGGCGGAGACCGGCCGCCGCCGCACCGUGGACCUUGCCAAGCUGCCGGAGUUCGCGUACACCCACUCCGCCAGGCACAGCGGUAAGGAGGGCGGCGGGGAAGGCGCGCAGUGCUCGGUGUGCCUCGGCACGGUGCAGGCCGGCGAGAUGGUGCGGCUGCUGCCCUUGUGCAAGCACCUGUACCACGUGGAGUGCAUCGACAUGUGGCUGGCGUCCCAUGACACUUGCCCGCUUUGCCGCGCGGAGGUUGAGCCCCAGCCCCCGGAGGACGACGGCCAGCCCGAGGUGACGACCGAGCUGCCGGUCUAG